AGCCACGCCUUCCGGGGCGCGGGGCGGGGCCUGGGCGCGGGGCGGCUGGCAGCGACCUGCCAGAGGAGAAAGAACAUGGCGGGCGCGGCUGGGCCCGGGACCCUCCCGGGAGCAGCGGGGGGAGGUGGAGACGAUUCGUUAUACCCGAUCGCGGUUUUAAUCGACGAGCUCCGCAAUGAAGACGUGCAGCUCCGGCUCAACAGUAUUAAGAAGUUAUCAACAAUUGCUCUAGCACUUGGAGUAGAAAGGACUCGAACUGAACUACUGCCAUUCCUUACAGAUACAAUUUAUGAUGAAGAUGAGGUACUGUUAGCUCUUGCUGAGCAGCUGGGAAAUUUCACUGGCCUGGUGGGAGGUCCUGACUUUGCCCACUGUCUGCUGCCUCCUUUGGAAAGUCUGGCAACUGUGGAAGAGACUGUUGUUCGUGACAGGGCUGUGGAGUCCCUGAGGCAGAUCUCCCAGGAGCAUACUCCUGUUGCUCUGGAAGCUCAUUUUGUACCUCUGGUGAAACGCCUUGCAAGUGGAGAUUGGUUCACUUCUCGCACAUCUGCAUGUGGUUUGUUCAGCAUUUGCUAUCCCAGGGCUUCAAAUGCUGUCAAGGCAGAAAUUAGACAGCAAUUCCAUUCCUUGUGCUCAGAUGACACACCAAUGGUACGACGUGCUGCUGCUUCCAAAUUAGGUGAAUUUGCGAAAGUUUUGGAAUUAGACAGUGUGAAAAGUGAAAUUGUUCCAUUGUUCGCUAACCUAGCUUCAGAUGAACAGGAUUCAGUGCGCCUCCUAGCUGUGGAAGCUUGUGUCAGUAUUGCCCAGUUAUUGUCUCAGGAUGACCUUGAGACCUUGGUGAUGCCUACAUUUCGACAAGCAGCAGAAGAUAAAUCUUGGCGAGUUCGCUAUAUGGUAGCUGAUAAAUUUUCAGAGCUCCAGAAAGCUGUGGGUCCUAAAAUCACCCUAAAUGACCUCAUCCCCGCCUUUCAGAAUCUACUUAAAGACUGUGAAGCUGAAGUCCGAGCAGCUGCUGCCCACAAAGUGAAAGAACUUUGUGAGAACUUGCCCAUUGAAGGCAGAGAGACUGUAAUUAUGAAUCAAAUUCUGCCACAUAUAAAGGAAUUAGUAUCUGAUACCAAUCAACAUGUCAAAUCGGCUCUAGCUUCUGUAAUUAUGGGAUUGUCUACCAUUUUGGGCAAAGAGAAUACCAUCGAACAUCUCCUACCUCUUUUUUUAGCUCAGUUAAAGGAUGAGUGUCCUGAAGUUCGUUUGAAUAUCAUCUCCAAUUUGGAUUGUGUAAAUGAAGUGAUUGGAAUCCGUCAGCUCUCUCAGUCUCUCCUUCCUGCUGUAGUGGAGCUGGCUGAAGAUGCCAAGUGGAGGGUCCGGCUGGCCAUCAUUGAGUAUAUGCCACUGCUGGCAGGCCAGCUGGGUGUGGAAUUCUUUGAUGAAAAGCUGAAUUCUUUGUGUAUGGCCUGGCUUGUGGACCAUGUGUAUGCCAUCCGAGAAGCUGCUACCAACAACCUCAUGAAACUAGUUCAGAAAUUUGGUAUAGAGUGGGCCCAAAAUACCAUCGUUCCCAAAGUGUUAGUAAUGGCAAAUGAUCCUAAUUAUUUGCAUAGAAUGACCACUUUGUUCUGCAUUAAUGCACUGUCUGAAGCCUGUGGUCAGGAAAUAACCACUAAGCAAAUGCUGCCCAUUGUAUUAAAAAUGGCAGGAGACCAAGUAGCAAAUGUUCGUUUCAAUGUGGCCAAAUCUCUACAAAAAAUUGGACCAAUUCUAGACACUGAUGCUUUGCAGGGGGAAGUUAAGCCGGUAUUACAGAAGUUAGGUCAAGAUGAAGAUAUGGAUGUCAAAUACUUUGCACAGGAAGCUAUAAGUGUGGUGGCGCAAAGGCUGAGGAAGCUAGAUUUUCCCAUGAAGGACAGUGAAGAGCCCAGUGUCCCUGAGGCUAAGAACCACUUCCUGAGACCCAGAGUGCCUGAAGAGGACACUGGGAAGGCACAAAGAGACCGAGCGGCUCGGGUGGCUUCCAAGGAGGCAGUAGAGGCAGCCCAGAGUAGGGCUCUGGGCUACAACUGCAGCAAGGGGCCAGCUUAUCGGUUACAUGUAAAUACUAGAGACACACUUGCCCAGCUGGAAAUUGCAGAACAAGUGCAUUUUUCCCAAAGCAGAGACUAAUACCCCUGGAUUAAAAAAAGAACACAAACAAAAAAUAAAGAAGGUACCACACAUA